CCUAUUGUCCGCCUCGUAUACCCCGAUGCUCGCCCCUCUACGCCCCAUGUAGAAGUCCUUUCCCACGCCUUGAUUGAUCGAGUUACCUACCCAGCCCGUGCUGUAUGGACUCGAGCUGCAUAACCCAUCCGACUCGACGCCAUGCUGCUGGAGUUGGGGCACUUGACUGGAAUCGGAUGUCGUCUCCUUGACCUCCUUGCUAUAAACCCUGAACCUUGGCCGCCGCCCGCUCAUCUAUCCAUCUGACUGACCUGUGCGGGCAGCACGUCCCCCCCCUCUCCCUGCGUGUAUGCCUGCGUGUCUGUCUACUCUACUCACGCCGCCCGCGACGACACCGUUGCCGGCAGGCAGGCAGACAGGGAGGCAGACGGCCCAUUCGCUUUGCUUCCUCGGCUCUGCUGUAUUCUGCUGUGCUCGGACGGUACCUCGCCGCACAGCUGCAGCGUUGCAACCAGGCCGAUACACGCGCUUGAUUGACUCACCAUCCACCAGAGGACGAGGAUGAGUACGAGCUGGUUAGUUUGCGCGGGAGACGGAAACGGAAACGGGAGAGGUCCGUGGAGACGACGAGCCCUGCCCUGCCCUGCCCUCAGCCCUACAGUACAGUUGACCCCGCCCCUCGUCAGCCAGCUCGAUCAACUUCAGGCCUCGUAAACUAUAAACUGUACUGUGCGCGCAGUACAGGGCACGGCAUUGCAAUUGCGUCUUGUUCCCUCUGCUUCUGCUUCCUUUGCUCGUUCAAUUCUUGCUUGCUGUUCUUGCCAGUGCCCAUUCGCCCAGCUGUGCGACCUCGACCCACUCCAGCCUUGCGCCGUGUCGAGCCUCGGACCCCACAUGCUUUCCUUCACCCGCCAUGAUUCCAAACGCGCUGUAAUUACGUAGUUGUAUACGUAGUGCCGUGCGGGUACCUACUUGCUUAUGUGCCUCUCGUACCAACCGUACACAAUACCGACCGGUAGUGGACUCUAGUACGCGGAGCCUCUUCCGAUGGCUUGAGUGCCAAUUGGGGCCAGGCACGCCACCCAGAAUGCCAUGAAUGGAUUUGUAAUAGGUAGGGCUGCUCCAAGAGCACGAUGCAUGCAUGAUUCAAUCGUCGGCCUCGUUGUCUGUCUCUUGCCGAUCUGCUUCAACUGCCAUGGCCGUACACACUAUUGUUCACCGGACCAUAUCUAAGCACUGUGUAGUAUGACUUGCAUUACGUGGGCUACUGCCCGAUCCAGCCAUAACGCCGCCGCCUGGUUGGCCAGCCACGGCCAUGCAGCCCACGCCUUCUCGUGACUCGCUUGAAAAAAAUCCAUCCACCCAGCCCGCCGUGCCUGAACCGUCUCUCGCGAUGCGGUAAUACUUGUACCGACCUCUGCUACUAACCACUGCUAACCACUCUCCACGCACAUCCGAGCAUUUUCGGCCACCAUUCCAGCCUCAGCUCACCAUGGCCCUGAUUGACAAGGUCCCGGGCGAUCUGAAUCUUUUCAUCGGUGGCAUCUUCACCCUCCGCCGGCGCGAUGCUCUCCAGCAAGCCAACAUCACCCAUGUGCUGUCGGUGCUCCGCCUACCUUUAGACCGAGACCUAUUCACUCCGUUCAAGCACAUGGUCGUCGAGGUCGAUGAUGUCGACGACGAGAAUUUGCUAGAGCACCUCCCAGCCACCAACCGCUUCAUCCAAGACGGUCUAGACAGUGGCGGCGGAGUCCUUGUCCACUGUGCCAUGGGCAAGUCGCGCUCGGCCACCUGUGUCGUGGCGUACUUGAUGCACAAAUACACCAUCAGUGUCUCCGACGCCCUGGAACAGGUCCGCCAGGCUCGCCCCAUCGUCGAGCCCAACGACGGUUUCAUGAAGCAACUCGAGCUGUAUGGCCAGAUGCACACUCCCGAUAACGUCGAGGAGACACCUGCCUACCAACGGUGGGUCUACCAGCGCGAGAUCGAAUUGAGCCGUGCAUGCGGACAAGCCCCCGAAGCUGAGAAGAUUCGCUUCGAAGACGAGCACGUCAGCAACAACGCUGCAAGUUUCGAGUUACGCUGCCGUAAAUGCAGGCGGCCGCUCGCGACUUCUCAAUUCCUUCUCCCGCACACCCCUACCACCAUGUUCAACAACAAGUCCAACAAGCCACCCUCGGAUUGCGCCCAUUACUUCCUAGACCCCCUGUCAUGGAUGCGUCCCGAGCUGGAGCAAGGCAAACUGGAUGGCCGGCUUGAAUGUCCCAAAUGUAACACUAACGUGGGCAAGUAUGCGUGGCAAGGAAUGCAGUGCAGCUGCAGUGAAUGGAUUGUCCCAGGCAUCAGCCUGGCAAAGAGCCGCAUCGAUGAGAGCAAGAAGACGGUCAUGACCGAAAUCCGCCGGCCGCCAGGCAUGAAUAACUUGUAG